GAUUUUAGGGCUUCAGAGAUGCGGGAAGGGCUGUAGAUUGAGAUGGACUAAUUACCUCAGACUGACAUUAAAAGAUGAAAGUUUAGCUUGCAGGAAGAAUGGACCAUCAUUCAGCUCCACGCUCUACUCGGGAACAGGUAUAUAUGGUCGAAGUCAAUGAGUGCCGGCCUUUUCCCAAUCGCUGGCGACGACCUCGAGUCUCCAACAUCAACAUUGAACUUCUCGGAUCGCGAGAACGCACUCCCCAUCCAUACUGUUGCAUUCAAUGAAAGCACGGUGACUGCAGUUCUUGAUUUCGCCAAAAGCUCAGUUCCAUGCAAUGGAGGGUUUGUCAAAGAAGUCUGUCAAAUGCCGGAACUCAAAGAAAGAUCGGAUAUUGACACAAUGGCCUUGCAGGAGAUGACUUAUGCUACAGAAAGUGCAUGGCUUGUGGACUCUUUUAGGGCUGAGAAUGAAAACACGCCUCUCUCAAAUAUCAUGAAAGGUUUUAGUACCGAUACAUUAGCGUAUAAUUGUGACGACCAUAACUCAUUGAUGGCCGGAGACAACUUGGACAAUGGGGAUAAAAGUUGCAGCGGUGACUUUGAGGACAACAAUAAGAAUUACUGGAACAACAUGCUCAAUCUGGUGCAUGCUUGGACGUCAUCUGGUUCGCCCGUGUUCUGAAAUUGCCGAAAAAUUGUCUGAGAUCAGGUCGCAUUAGGUGUUAUGUUGCAUUGCAUCACAAUUAAUGUAAUAAUAAGUAGGACUUCAAAAUAGGAAGUUAUUUAAUCACUAACCUUGUUCAAGCUAGAUUAUUUCUUCUGAUCUUAUAAAAAGUUUAGUCCCCACUGUUUCUUUUUCAAUUUUUUU